GAUACUUCGUUUCCUUUAUAAAACAAAGCAUGAAACACUUAGAUGGGAAACUACGACAGUACUCCCAAUGGUGCUUUGAUAACUGCAAAAGUACUAAAGUUUCUACACGAAUAUACCCUCCAUCAAGUGUUGAAGUUGCGGCUAUGAGACGCCUGGGAACAAUUGUAUGCAGAUUUUUUUUUUUGGAUGCACGCACGAAAGCUAUUGAUGUUCACCCAACCGACACUGCUGGCGAUGCUGUGCAGAAACUCGCUGAUAAGCUAAACUUAACUACAAUUGAUGGAUGGGCAAUAUAUCAGUCUCGACCAGACGGUGAAGAACAUAUAAAAAGUUAUGAUUACUUGUAUGACAUAAUAUCAGCAUGGGAACUAAAUCAGACUUCGAGUACUACCUUAAAAUGCCAAGCAAAUGGAUCUUCCUCAGGAGAAAAUCGUUUUGUUUUCAAAAAAAGACUAUUCAAAUCAACUCAUGAAUUAUCACAAGAUCCUGUUGAAGUGAGUAUGUUAUAUUCACAAGCAGUUCACAGCGUUGUUAAGAAAGACGAAUUCCCGGUCAGUGAAAAGGUUGCCCUUCAACUAGCAGGACUUCAAGCUCAAGUAUCGCUAGGAGAUCCAUCAAAUCAACCAAAACCGGAAUAUUAUUCAGAUGUUAAAAGCUUCCUGCCUCAUAGAAUUUCAAAAACAAGAGAACAACAAUUUUGGAUACCAAUUUUAGCACAAGCUCACCGUCAGUACGGAUCCUCAAGAAAUGAACUCACAGCUAAAGUUUUAUACUUAAGUUGCGUAAUGCAAUAUCCACUUUACGGCACAACGAUGUUUAAAGUUAUUUACAAAGGGUACUGGAACUUUGUAAACAAUAUUCUACUAGGAAUACAUUGUGAAGGAAUAAUGUUUGUUCAUCCGGAAGAUAAAUCUGUCAUUUAUCAAUUUAAAUACGUAGAUAUUGAAUCAAUUAUGUUGGACCCUAGUGACAGUUUUAUAACUAUAUCACUUAACCGCAACACUCAGCUACUUUAUAAAAAUACUCGUGAUGGAUGUUCUGUUAUUGAGCCACAGAAAUGUUUUGUUUUUGAGACCCUGCAAAAGAAUGACAUAGGGUCUUUAAUAAUUUCGUAUUAUCCUGCUUUGUCAAAUUGGAUUUUGAAUAUUGUAGAGUGCUCAAAAAAAAUUAAAGGAACUACUAACGAGGACAGAUUGAGGCUGUACCAAAAUGUUCUUGUUUGUAGGCGACAGUUAGUAGAUAUGAAUAUAGUUAAAAAACCCCAAGAGCUGGGAGGAUUUCUAAGAAACACUCUCAGGCGUCUGUCGAAGCAUCGAUUGGAAAAAUUAAGAUCGGAGCAAGGAUCAAACGUGCAAGAUCAUGGCGAAACUUACAAAGGAUUUUCACACUCAUUUUGGGCAUUUAGUAAACAACAAAUUCCUUUCUGCCUAAGUAUGAUCUCUGAACAAGAAGAAUCAGUAAUGGUGCAAAUAUUUGAUUCAAUAUUAACUUUUUCUGGUCUGGGAUCUUCAGGUCCAUUGUCAAAAUCAGCAAAGUUGAUUGAAAGAACAUUUUUCAAAAACCUUCCCAAAAGUAUAAUUUCUAUUGCUGGUAGUAUAUAAGUCGGAAUGAGCAGGAUUGGAUAACUACUUCGUAUAGCUCCCAUAGAAAUGAACAUACAACUAUUUUGGAAAAGAAUGCAAUCACUCUAGUGGAACCCUGGGAGCCUCCCGAAAAGGUGCUGCAGAAGGCAAUGCGGUGCGUGAAGAAUUUGAGCUGCACAAAAAAAAUGGCAACGACGGCCCCAGAUGCUGGCGAGGAGGUGCCAUCGAUUCCGUUAGGACCAGGAACUCCCGAGCCAACAUUUUAAAAUAAA